ACUGAAUUCAAGGCUUGAUAAUAUUACAUCUCAAACUCCGCAAAGGUGGGACGACAUACAAUCACUAGCUACCUUCAACUAUGGAAUUUGGAUUUGGAUGGCCGGCGGCGGAUUACAUCUUCACAGCGGCGGCCUUGUCGGUCGGCUUCUUGCUGUACUUCUACGCGCCGUGCUGGGCGGUGAGGAAGGUCCCCGGUCCGCCGGCGCUGCCGCUCGUGGGCCAUCUUCCCUUGCUCGGAAAGCAUGGGCCGGAGGUCUUCGGUGUCCUCGCUAAAACCUACGGGCCAAUCUUCAGGUUCCACUUGGGGAGACAACCCAUCGUCAUCGUCGCCGACGCCGACCUCUGCAAAGAGAUAGGAAUCAAACGAUUCAAGAGCCUUCCCAACCGCGCCCUCCCUUCCGCUGUUACUGGAUCUCCCCUCCACAGCAAGGGCCUCUUCAACACCAAGGAUUCAAGGUGGUCCGGCAUGAGAAACACCAUCAUUUCCAUGUACCAGCCCGCCCACUUGGCCUCCCUCAUACCCUCCAUGCUAUCCUACAUCAACACUGCGACGGAGCAGAUCGCCGCCACGCCGCCACAUGAAGACGUGGCCUUCUCCAAGAUCUCGCUCCAGCUGUCCACCGACAUCAUCGGCGACGCCGCCUUCGGCGUAAACUUCGGCCUCUCCAAGGGAACUGCGCCGGACGGCGAUGAUGAGGUGUCUGAAUUCGUCAAAGAGCACUUGUACUCCACCACUUCCAUCAAAAUGGACCUCUCCGGCUCCCUCUCCAUCAUCCUCGGCCUCAUUUGCCCCGUCCUGCAAGAGCCGUUUCGGCAAGUCCUGAAGAGGAUCCCGGGGACGGCGGAUUGGAAGAUCGAGAGGACCAACUUGAAUCUAAGCAGCAAGCUGAACAAGAUAGUCGCCGGCAGGGAGAAAGCGAAGCGAAGGGGGGCCAACGACUUCCUGUCAUUGAUACUCAACGCGAGGGACGCCGGUGGGGCGUCCGAGGAGCUCUUCACGGCGGACUACAUCAGCGCGCUGGCGUACGAGCACUUGCUCGCCGGCUCGGCCACCACUUCCUUCACUCUGUCGUCGGUGAUUUAUCUGGUGACGCAGCACCCGGAGGUGGAGGAGAAAUUGAUUGGGGAGAUCGAUAGGUUCGGGCCGUUUGAUUUGGUUCCGACUGCAGAGGACCUUCAACACAAGUUCCCCUACCUUGAUCAAGUUAUAAAAGAAUCCAUGAGAUUCUAUACAGUGUCGCCACUCAUAGGUAGGCAUGCAUCCCAAGAUGUUGAAAUUGGGGGCUAUUUCCUCCCCAAGGGUACAUGGGUUUGGCUAGCUCCGGGGGUGCUGGAGAAGGACCCGAAGUACUUCCCUGAGCCUCACUUGUUCCGGCCGGAGCGGUUCGAUCUCGCCGGUGACGAGGAGAAGCAAAGGCAUCCGUACGCGCACAUCCCGUUCGGGAUUGGCCCCAGGGCUUGCAUUGCCCAGAAAUUUGCAGUGCAGGAGAUCAAAUUGGCAGUCAUCUAUCUGUAUCGCCACUUUAUUUUCAGGCACUCUCCUAAGAUGGAAUCCCCACUGGAGUUUCAGUAUGGAAUCGUGGUCAACUUCAAGCAUGGAGUCAAGCUUCGCGCCGUCAAGAGAUCCAGAGCUUAAUUUGCGGUGCUUCAAUUCUGGGUUUUCUGCAAAUCAGAAUGUGUGUCUAUGGUUUUUUUUUUUUUUUUUUGGAUCGGCCGCUUUUUAAUGUAUGAAGAAAUAAAUGCUUAGAACGUUGAAGGAAGCAGUACAAAGGAAGAUUCUGAGCAAUCAUAU